AUGAAACAGUCCGAUUCAUUAAACUCUAACUUGAACCAUGAAAUUCGGAGAAAGUCUCAACAACCAGAGCAUUGGAAGUGUUUACGGCUGCACACCCUCGACCACUUGUUAUCUCAACUGAACUUGAAAACUAUCACUGGAACUCUUCAAUAUAAAUCCUGUUUAAUACAAAUUGACAUUCAUUUUGAUUUGCUUAAAAAGUUUGAGAAGGUGGCAAGUUACAUCAAGGAGAAAAAGUAUGAGGUGUUUCAACGUGCACCAGAUGCAUGGCUGAAACCCGUGUUGCCAGACUGUAAGAGUUGCCGAAGAAAAAACAAAAUGCAGCCAUUAAUUGAGAAGAAAAAAGAGAUAAAUUGGGUGUUCUUGGUGUUAAUUGGGUGCUGCAAUGUUAGGCAUUUACACAUGACAGGUGCGAGAAAAUAG